AUGGUGCAUCGUUCGGGGGAGAAGUUGGGUUUGCGCCCAACACUGGGCGUUAUGCGUGAUUUUUCUUCGUUGAUUGAUGAUCUGGAGUUGAUUGAUUUAUCGAUGCAGGGAGGUUAUGAUGUGUUGGGAGAUCCUAGUUGCAGAUUGGCUCAGAAAUUAAAACUUCUAAAGGCUGACCUACAAAGGUGGAAUAAGGAGGUGCUUGGUCAGUUAGACACUCAGAAGGCUAAUCUUUUGGUUGUAUUACAAGAGUUGGAUGCAAAGGAAGUGGAGGAUAGCUUGACUGAUGAGGAGUUGGCGAUCCGUGAAAGGAAUACAAAAUAUUUUCACCAUAUGGCGAAUGCUCAUCGCUGGGUCAAUCAAAUUGGGAAGUUGUGGGUUAAUGAUGUGUUGUUAUCGUCAGAGGAGGAAGAGGUGAGAGAGGGCAUAAUGAGCUUCUAUCAGCAUUUGUUUUGGGGGGAGGAUGAGACUUGGAGGCCAGGGUUAGAUGGGGUUCAGUUUGAUGCUAUUUCAGAGGCGGACAGGCAGAUGUUGGAACGGCCAUUUUUCGAGGAGGAGGUUUUCGGGGCUCUUCAGAAAAUGUCUGGGGACAAGGCGCCGGGCCCCGAUGUUUUUACUAUGCUUUUCUUCCAGCGAUGUUGGGGAGUGGUCAAGACAGAUGUGAGGGACGGAGGAUAUAAGGGAUUUUUGACCCAUCAACCUGUUGGGGAGUGUGUACAAGCUUUUGGUGAAAGUUUGGCUAACAGAUUGCGAGGUGUCUUGGAGGGGCUAGUGUCUGAGUCCCAGAAUGCCUUUGUGGGUGGGCGUCAAAUUUUGGAUGCUGUGUUGGUAGCAAAUAAAGAGAAUGGGGUUUGGGGAACAGUGGAGGCAGUGGAUUCAGUUUUGUAUAUCAACGAUUAG